AAUUGGACGGCUUACUUUGUAAUUACAGUCAGAAAUGAGUAGACGGGUAUGUAGGUUAUGUUUAGCCUCCCCCUCAGUCUGCUAUUCGCUGUUAGAAGACAACCUUUCCGAAAUGUUAGAAGCUUUAACUUCCAUUAAGGUUGAUUCUACUGAUGUAUCACCGAUAAGUUGCUUGAAAUGUUUGCUAAAUAUGAAACUAGCAUUCAAUAUCCAACAAAAAUUUUUAAGAUCUGACGAAAAGUUGAAAGAAUUUGCAAUUUUAAAUAACGUUGAAGUGAAAUUAGAAGUCGAAGAGGAGUUGUUACUAGAAAUGAAUUCAAUUAAUGUUGGGGCUGAAACAGACUCAUGUCCUUCCUCUUGUAUAGUUUGUGGUAACAAAGUGGACGAAAAACUUCUUGCAAAACAUAUUCAGCAACACUUCGACAGUGCGCAAAUUUGCGAUACUUGUGACCAAUCAUUCAAAAAUAUUGCAGAAUACAAAAGCCACAUCCACGUGAAUCACCCCCAGACCAGUCACAAGUGUCUCCACUGUGGCGCAAGUUUCCGGUACAAGAGUCUAUACAACGUUCAUUUGAGCCAAGCGCACAAAACAUGUAGAAAACGACCGAAAAGAGAAGCCUCACUGGGGCCCUUUACAUGCAAAGAAUGUGAGAAACAAUUCACCUGUAAACGCAAAUUUAACAGUCACACCCAUCGGCGCAAAAAGUGCCCCAUUUGCGGGGCGCAAAUCACCAUUAGCAAUUUCCGCAAGCACACCUUGAACCAUUCGUCGGGGCCCCAAAUUUGCGAGCUUUGCGGGGCGACUUUGUCCAAUUUGGAGAGUCUGAGAGGGCAUCUCACGUACACGCAUAGUUCGCAGAUUUUCAACUGUGACAAGUGCGGUAAAGUGUUUCACAAACGGUACACCUACCAGCUCCACUUGAAAAAACACGCGGGGGAGAAGUCCCACGUGUGUGAGACCUGCGGCAAGGCUUUUUUCACAAUGUACUAUUUGAAUAAACACGUGAAAACGGCGCACUUGAAACUGCGUCCGUACAUUUGCCAGUUUUGCAAAAAAGCGUUUUCGAGUAGGUUUGCCUUGAGGACGCAUGAGAGGCAGCAUACUAACGAGACGCCGUACAAGUGCGAGGUUUGCGGGGAGGGCUUCCGGCAAAAUGUGUCUCUGAGAGCGCACAGAAAGUCCAAACACAACAUAAUUGAACCGAAAAAUUGCGCUUGCCCGGUCUGUGGAAAGCUGUUCGGGUCGGAACAGGCCAUACUCAGCCACAUGAGGCUACACUAAAGUUAUUGUUUCGGUGUAACAAUAAAAUUAAUUCAUUGUG